AUGACGGCAACAACACAGCUGGCUAGUGUUCUAGUAGCUCGCUUUCUUCGUUCGAAUAAUUAUACAGAGACCCUGAACGUAUUCAUCCGAGAAGCGGGACUUCCAGCCGACGCGGGGCAACCGGAUGGUAAGACCGACAAGAGCGAGUGGACCAUCGAGGGGGUCCUUCAGGAGAAACAAGUAUUUGAUGAGAGCGUAAAAUUCGAGCGAUACGGUCAAAGCGAAGAGAAAGACGUCUGGACGGUUCCAGCACCCUCAACACCAAACGUCAUUCAAACACCAACCUCCGCCAAUCUCCUAGCAUGUUCGGUAGAGCCCUGGCAGAAUCCUAGCCAGAAGGAGAAUCAAGAUGACCCGUCACAUUACAUCGUCGCCACGGGCGCAGAUAGACAAGUGCACCUUUUCAAGACAGACGAUGGCAACGACGUCGUAACUUCGUUUACUGGACAUUCUGAUUCCCCGGUGCUAUCAUACGCGCCUAUCCAAAAUGGAAAAUACGUCCUUAUGACCAAUAUGUCCGGCCAGCUUCUUCUCCAACGGGGUGCCGAGAUUCUGUCCCGCCGUAAAGACCAUGCCAAGUAUGCAGUCAAGGUGAUUGCGUAUGAAGAUGGCCAGCCCGGACCUACAUCGCAAGUCGUAUGGGUCGCUACCGCUGGCUGGGACUCCAAGAUCUUACUCUACCGUCUCCGUAUCCCCAGCAGAGCAGGAGAUCCAGACUCCGCGGAGCUCAACGAGCCCAUCGCCCACAUCAACCUGCUCACCAACCCAGAAUCGAUCCUCUUCGUCCGCCACCCAGAUACCCAGGAACUCGUCCUGAUCGCUUCGCGGCGCGACUCAACCUAUCUCUUCUACUACGGCAUCACGUCAUCGACGCCUACCGAGUCGCCCAGCGAGUGCAAACGCCUCGGCAAGCAGAACCUAGCCCCUCACUCAAACGCCUGGGUGGCGUUCUCUCCUUCCUGCCUUGCUCUGAACCCGCACGAUCCCGGCCUCAUAGCCGUCGCGGCAUCGACCCUCCCGCACAUGAAAGUCAUCAUAGUGCGCCUCCUAUUCCCGAAGCAGGAGUUGUUGGGGACUCCGCCCAUGGGCAGUACGUCCGCGGAGCCAGAGACACAAGCCACGCAGGCCUUUGCGGCGCUUGCGCUUCAGAACCGCGAAGAUGCAGCCAUCAUGAUCCAAGCGAAUACGUUUGCGCCGCAGACGGUCUACUCCACUCCGCAGGUGGUUUGGCGGCCUGAUGGGUCGGGGGUGUGGGUGAAUGGGGACGAUGGGGUGAUUCGGGGGGUGGAGACUAUGACGGGGAAGGUGACGGCGAUGUUGAAAGAUGGGCAUCAGGUUGGAUCGAAGGUACGGGCUAUCUGGGCUGGUUGGGUUGAGGUGCAGCGAGAUGGCAAGGUGGUGAAAGAGGAGUGGCUUGUUAGUGGUGGGUUUGAUAAGAGGCUUAUUGUUUGGAGGGUGUAG